AUGAUGGAAUCACUUAGUUCAAUUCGCUUGAAUCGCAGCAAUCUUCGUCAUUUGAAUGAACUUGGAAAAUAUCCCAGUAAAAGCUUCGAACUUUCAAUUAAUUUUAGAGAUAUCGAAUCGAGUAAUAGAGAAAGAAAGUACGGCGACAAUGAUUAUAAACCUUUAAUUCGACGACAAUCAUUCAUAUCAUUACGAACUUUUUAUGCAUUUGGAGCUCGUAGUGCUUCUGCACCAUCAUAUUCUUAUAGGCAUUUUUUGUUUAAUUUUCAUUUUAUUCGUUCUUUUUCUGAUACUAUACAGCACUUAUGAUCAUAUUCACCGCAAUCACAUACGGAUUCACAGAAUUCGUUUUUAAUAACUCCUUAUCGUCCAUCAAUAUUUCGCUCCUCCACAUCUUCAUCAAUAAACGAUGAGAAACAUUCUUCUUCUUCUAAACAUACAUCAAGUCUAAAACAUAGUCUUAAUAAUGAUAUAUGCGGUGUGAAUCAAUUAAAACGAGAUGAUACGGCUCAAUUGCUUGCUUUAAAAGAACGAAACAAAGCAUUGGAGCAACAAGUAGAAUUGUUAAAAAAACAGUUGAGGGAGAAAGAAAGAAUUGAAAAUCAACUGAAAAGGAAAAUUCUCGAAAAUGAAGCAGAAAUAAGAAUUUGGAGGACGAAAUGCGAAUUAAGAAAAUUACCGACCUUUACAAUAUGUAAUCCAACGAAAAACCAUAAUGGUAAUAACAAUAAUAAGACUAAUAUUAAUGACGAGCCAGGUUUAUCCACCGAUUUGAUGGAUCAGUUAAAUAUUGCUGCCGAUAAGCUUUCGCGCCUUAGUGCUGUGAAGGAUCUCAAAUUAUUACAGAGUGAAAUGGAAACAGCUUUAAAAGAAAUUAGUGAAAAAUAA